AGUUGCAGUGGUAAUCAUCUCUCCUUUGUAUGGACUUAAAUAUGUUAGUGGUGGCAUGCAUAUAGUUUUUGCUUACCUCAUUUCCAGUCACUACGGGUUACAGAAUACAUAAUAUAGGCAAUGCACUGUUGUAAAUUUCAUGGCUGAGUAAAAGUUUUAUGUUUUCUUGCCCGUUUUGGGCACACUAUAGCUAGGAACUGAAUAAAAUAAAUUGCAAUGCUAAUGUGUGUUGAUUGUUACCAAUUUUUUGGCCCAUAUCCAAAUUUUUGAUGACAAAACCUGAUCAACGGUAGGAAAAUUUGUCAAGAUAUGGCAUACAUUGUUGUGCAGCAGUGCAGGAGUAUAGAUCACUCUUCGGAUAUUUGUUUUCUUGCUACUGCUACGCUGCCGAGGCUUAGAACUGCAGUUAUCUCCCAAGUUUGGAGCCAAUGGCAUAGUUACCUCUUGAAUUGAAAUCUAUUCUGAAACCUGUCCUUUAUUGGACAAGUGUUGCAGUUUUGCUUGUCGAUUUCCUAUUGGCUUGUUCUGGCACAAAGCUGAGGACGCCUUGAAUUCUGAUAUUUGCUGCAGACCUACCUGACAUGGAUCAUGGUAGCUUAAAUGUGGGUUGUUGGGUAGUUAUAGAUGAAAAGUAAACUGGAGCUUGCUUUCUGUUACUUCCCUGAUAUGAAUGCUCUCGUACUACAGUCUGAGACCUCAUCUCUUCAUAUUUACAGCCCUCGAUUUGUGCACCCAAGCCAAUAUCCACCCGGUAUCCGAUUACAGUCCAAACCCUGCAUAAAGUUAUUUUAAGUAGGUCAAGUCUUAGCUUUAUGAUCUUCAUUUAAGAUAGAAUUGCACUAACAGGGUAAGGCAUGUAACGGUCCCACGGAGAUCUAGGGUUUUAGUCAAAGUCUUUGAAGCCAGGGUAUAGCAUGUACGGUUCCAUGGAGAUCUAUGGUUUGACCGUAGUCAAAGUCUUUGGAGCCAACCGCAUAGCUACAUUCACUGGUCUGUGGAUCGUGCUGCAAAUAAUCACGAGGCCCACCUUUCAGUUUCAGACAUAGCUACAGACCAGCUGGUAUGCAGCCCUGAGACCACUAGCAUCUACAAUGCACUACACUACUGCUUAUAAAGGAGGGGACUUGGCAUAGUUCUUGGCAAAGCCAAUCUAAUUCCGAAGUCGGCAAGCAAAAGCAGCUGCAAACUAUGGAGAGAGUUAGCAGUGUCCGUGUGACCCUUGUUCUUGUCAUCCUCCUCACCACCACCCUUGCUUGCCAAGGUGCAAGGGACAUCCCAGCAGCUGAGCCCAAGCCCUACAGGCCACAAAAUGUCUUCGGGUUCGGUGGCUUCUACCCUGGCCCGUCAGUCAACUGGGUCUUUCCGGGCCCAAACGGCGUCACCCCGCAGGUUGGUUUCGGUGGAAUGCCAGGUUCUAGCUCCUUCCCUGGCAUCGGUGGCUCGCCGUUGGUGCCUGGCGGCAGUGGCGUGGUUGGCAUUCAUGGUCCCGCCAACCCCUGAUUGCACAGUUUAAGGAUGUGCUUGUUAGAGCCACGCCGGUGCAUGUUACCGUGGUAGUAGCGUAAGCUUCUGGUUUGCUCUAGUUGUAGUAUUGUGUUAUGUGCUGUUUGUUGUUUACUAGUAAUGUGUGUGUACUUAUCUGUUUAAGAGACUUUUUCUUGGCUAUCUUGUGUAUUUUCCUUGCUGCCUUGGGUUCAAAGUCCCAUUCCUCUUUAAAGCAAAGAAAUUUCUAUCGUCGAUAUGGAGAGACCUGGGUCCUGUCGUGUGUUUGUGUGCGUAUUCUUUAAGAAUUCCUGUCGUUCUUCA